GCCUCUUCCGUUUUUCAAUACAGGCAUCUCGUUUCCCUCCUUCUCUCUCUCUCUCUCUAUCUCUUUCUAUCUCUUCUAGCUUUUCCUUUUCUGUCUCUAUAUCUCGAUGCUGCUGCUCGCGCCACUGCGUACCUCGUGAACUCCGUUCUUCGAGAAGUGCGUCGCGUGCUGUUCGCGUAGUGUGACGUUUGCUGCUUCGUGCUCUCCUCGAUCAGCAGAGGCGAAACGGAGGCGCCUCGAAGUGGUGGGCAUUACCGAGGACGGUUCGAACGUAAAUAAUGUCGUUUUAUCGAAUGUUCGUGCGUCGUCGUGCGAUGUUCCCCUCUGUCGCGUCUGUCGUCGUCGCCAUCGGAUCGAUUUAAGCUGAUCUUUACGCACGAAAUUUCCGAAAGAAAACGGGAACGAUCUCCACUAACAUGGAGUUAAGAGCGCACUGAUAGUGUUAGUUUAUGAGAUCUUGGUUUCUAUGCAUUGCCUGCCAAAGAAGAACUGAGCCCAAUGUUUCCACACAAUUCUAGUUCACAUGAGAUUUUUACUGAAACAAAUGCCUUCGUACAAAAUUCCAUGUGGGAUGUAGUAGUAUUAGAAGAAAACAGUCUGGAUGGGGUGGGAGAAGAGGAAGGAUCCGAGCACACGAGGUACUGUGAUAUCGAAUCGAUAGCAAACAGCAGCACGAUGGCAGCACCUAUUAGCCAUCCCCAAGCUACCGCCGCCAAUGACUUUUCAACCGUCCUGCCGUACCACGCUGGUGAGUUCAACUCAACUGGCAUAGGUAAGGCCUGCCAGUCACUGGCGCCAGCAACCACAAAAUACCCAACAAAUCACCUUCUAAUCUGCGAUAAUAAUAAUAAUAAUCACAACAAUGCAGAACAUAAUCAUCACAAGUACAGAAAGCAAAACACACCGGGCUUGCUUGGUAUGCUGGGCAGCUCCGCCAAUAACUCUAAGUCUACUCGUAAGACAUUAAGUGAUAAUAAGACUAGUACAUAUUGCGUUAGGAUAUAUGUUAAUUCGCAACUUGUAUGGGAAGCGUGCCGCACCGUUGGGGUACCUAGCCUAGUUAGGAUACUCAAGUCUGAUAGUCCCCUACGGUUCGUCCUCCCUAACUCUGAUGACAAUUACUCUUCAGUAGGGUCCUGCCUUGAUUUAGGCGACAACAAUACAUGUAAGAUUAAUUUUAGUAAUGUAAGUAAUAACAACUCCAAGUCUGUGAUAUUGCUCAGCUCAACCAGUUACAGUAACCAUUACCUCCUCUUUAGUGGUGGCUCUGACAAGAUAGCUACUGUUAUCCCGACACUUUGUCUUAAGAGAGACAAUUCCACCACCACAUCGAAUAGAAUGAAACUACUAGGUGAUAAGUACGCCCUAGUUACCAGUUUUGCUCAGAGCUCCAGACUGCUUGCAAACGAUAUAAUUCUGGACGAUUCUGACAUCCAAGUCGCGCUGAGAGAUACGGUAGACGAGAUAGAAGACACAAGACAUCGGCAAUUGCAUUUUAACCAUCAGACACUGGUGUCUAUUAUCUUCUAUUCUCGGACUUUCGCAAUGUACGCCGCCAGUUCUUCCAUUACGCUUAUCGUUUCCAGAAACGAAGUAAUUGACCACACUUUGCGAUCUUUCCUGAAAAAUCUCACACGAUAUGUAUAUGUACAAUCUUCUAUUUCUCCACUAUGUAAUGUCACUGUGACCGAGCUGAUGCAACACAUAUGUGUUCCACUAUUAAUACUAUGUAAAAGUAAGAAUUACGACAUUGGUAAUAAUUAUAAUGAAUAUUAUAGUAACAAGUACCGUAACGUUAGUAUUGAAGAAGAAAUUAAUAUUAAUAAUCAUAAUUCAGAUGUUAUUGGAAACAUUGUUGACAUCGCUGUGUGCUACAAGACUAGUGUAAUGACUACUGAUGUUAGGAUCUUAGGGUCUCAAAAGGAUGGUAUUAGCUGUACCGAAGUAACAAUAUUUACUGUUGGUGCUCUUUUAUUUCAGGAUAACACUAAGCCUCUAAACACUUGUUUUAGGAUUAGUAGAUAUAGGGGAUUGAUAGGUACCGAUCGCGAAUCUAAUUCUACCAUUAAGUCUGUAUCUAGGUCUACGCUAAGCGAUAAGUGUAGUUACGUUAAGUUUGAAAUAUCUCAUGCCGCUCUACUUGACGAAUCUGACAACAGAAAGCAAGUUAAGUUGACUGUCAACAUUCCUAUAACGACUACCUGCAAGCCUACGAUGACGCUUACAUGCCAAUCAGCCACCGUCGCAUCCCAAACAAUUCUUGUACCUGUAUCUCGGGCGGAAUGUCGCACGAACGACAAUGACAUGCGAUUGGAAUAUUUCGAUAUACUCCAAAAUGACCAAAUAUGUAUCCGUAAUAUGUUGCUAAGUCAUACAAAUGAUCUUAAUAAGAGUCACUCGCGUCGUUAUGAUGCGACUAAAUUUAAUGAUGCGCAAAUUUAUGCUAUUGACAAGCUCAAAGCUAUUGCAACAUCGAAAGAGAACGCUCAGUUGAUCUGCAAACAUGACCGAGAUACUCUUAGACGCGACCGAAGUCGUAAUGACAAUUCUAACGAUUACGAAGAUGAAGCCACUACUUACAACGGCAACGAACAUUUCACUGAAACGCCUACGUUGAAAUCGUUGGCCUUGAAAAUAUCACGUGCAUUACUUCCUUCCUUCCUCGAACCAACGGACGAAGCCGUUUACAAAUUUAGAAAGUAUCUUGAGAACAUGAGAUUGAGAAGACUGCUGCAUCAUGGAAUCGCGAACUGCGAAAUUAUUAAAAACUAUAAAACACGUUGGGGUAUUCCAAUAACAAUGCGGCUAGUCGGAGGUGGUGAGAAUUCAUUGAACAGCGGAGGGGCUGCCAAUUGGGGGACAACGCAAGCCACUACGCCAAAUAACAACAACACAAAUCAGAGUGGAUGGGGUGGUACACCCGGAAAUCCACCUGGCAGUUCUAAUACAUCGAACAAUUGGGGCGGAAACACCGUCAAUCGAUCUGUUGCUGGGAAUCCAAAUCAAAAUCAAAAUCAAGGACCACCUGGAAACCAAAAUAAUCCGGGUAAUGUGAGUAAAGUUAAUAAUCCCAAUCAACAAACAAAUCAACAAUCUGGUCCUCCGACAUCUCAAUCAAACAACCCUACCCAGGGGAAUCAGAAUAAUAACCAAUGGUCUCAGGGAAAGUCUAAUAAUCCAGGCGGUCUCGGACAAAAUCCGUCAGUGCAAAACAAUAAUAGUAGCAACGUCCAACAGCAGCAAUCUUCGGGUUCAAAUGCAAAUAAUAAUCAGUCAAACAAUCCUACUCAAGGGGCUGUGAGCAUCGGCAAUACUUCGGCGACUAAUAAUCCUUCUACGAAACAGCAACUCGAACAACUCAACACCAUGAGAGAAGCUCUCUUCAGUCCUGAUGGGUGGGGAUGUCAAAAUGUAAAUCAAGAUACAAAUUGGGACGUGCCUACUUCGCCUGAACCGAAUAUGACGAAAGAAGGCGUACCAAUUUGGAAACCACCGGUGAACAAUGGCACCGAUUUAUGGGAAGCAAAUCUUCGUAACGGGGGACAACCGCCGCCGCAACAACAGACUAAAACACCGUGGGGCCAUACUCCGGCUACCAACAUAGGCGGCACUUGGGGCGAGGAUGACGAAACUGCGGAUUCAUCAAAUAUGUGGACCGGUGCACCGACACCGUCACAGCCAAGUGCUGCUCAGUGGACUGGUGCUGCCGGUAAUCAAGCCGGUAUGUGGGGAGGGUCCAAUUGGGGAGAUCCCAGGAUUGAUCACAGAGACCCUCGAGAUUUGCGAUCUGUAGAUCCACGCGAGAUGCGUGAUCCUAGAGAUCACCGUAUGUCUCUGGAUCCCCGUGAUCAUAUGCGUGUUAUGGAUCCGAUGGCGCGAGAUCCGCGAAUGACAGAUAUGCGCGGUGAUCCACGCGGUAUAUCGGGUCGCUUACACGGCGCGAAUGCUGACGCAAUGUGGAGUCAGCCGCCCGGUCCACCGCAUCAUCAAAUGGGUCAUCAGCAUCCGUCCGGACCACCGGCUAAAAUGCUUAAUCCUUCUAAUAUGAAUCAAUGGGCGGCACCACCGCCUAAAGACAUUAUGCCUGGCAAACCAUCCGGAUGGGAAGAACCUUCACCACCGACGCAACGACGCAACGUGCCUAACUACGACGACGGCACUAGCUUAUGGGGAAAUCCGGCGGCUAAUCAGCGAGCUAUGCCGGGCAGCAAAGUGUCGCAUUGGAAAGACUUGCCUACACAGAAUUUGGCUCGUGGAGGCAUGCAAUGUCCACCAAGCAUGCCUCCAAACAGAAUGCCGGCACAACCUGGAAUGAAGCCGGAUGUGAGUAAUCCUAUGUGGGGUCACCCUGGUGCACCUACUGCUCGCAAUGGAACCUGGACGGAUGGUCCACAUGAAACCACAUCUUGGGACGAUCCUAAAACGCCGGCAACAUGGAAUGAACCGCAAUUGAAUCCCGCUGCCUGGGGAGGUCCAACCACGCACAAACCAAAACCAAUGGGACCUGGCGGCAGUUGGGGCGAUUCUGAUAUGGAUCCGACUCCUAGUUGGGCGCAUCCUGCAAAACCUACACUUACGAAAGAAGUUAUUUGGAACAGCCGCGAAUUCCGAUAUCUCUGCGAUUUAGGAUUUAAGAAAGAGGACGUAGAAUUGGCCUUAAGGAAUCGCGAGAUGAAUCGAGAAGAAGCACUGGAACUGCUCAAUCAAAUACGUCCUCUCGAUCAGUGGAGACGUCACGAAACACACUCAGGUUACGACCCAACUCAUCAAGCAACCACUGCACCUGCUUAUCCGCGAUUCAAUCAUGUGGCACAACAGAUGUCAUUCAGUCAAGGAGGAGGAGUGCCCAGUGCGGCAACCAGUGGGGGCGUAGGUGGUUCUGUGAGCAGUGCUAGUCUUCUCAAACUACAGCAGCAGCAACAGCAGCAGACAGCUGUUCCGCUACAGCAACAACAACUAAGUACUAAUGCGCCACAACCCCCCUUUAAUCAGACAUCUCGUACGUCACAAAAUCAGCCAAGUACGCAACAAUUGCGUAUGCUUGUACAGCAGAUACAAUUGGCUGUUCAUGAAGGUUACUUAAAUCACCAAAUUUUGAAUCAACCGCUAGCUCCACAAACUCUGAUGUUGUUGAACCAGUUAUUGCAACAGAUCAAAGUUUUGCAACAAUUGCAUCAGCAACAUACUGCUCAGAACUCGAUGAAGGGUAGCAAUCAGUCAACCUUGCAGCUUAGCGUACAGAUAACGAAAACAAAACAACAGAUCACGAACUUGCAAAAUCAAAUUGCGGUGCAACAAGCGACAUAUAUGAAGCAACAACAACAGCAUCCAGCACCACCGUCACAGACGUCAGAAUACUACAAAUCGUCUGUACACGAUCCUAUGUCAGCUCUACAGAACAGUUUCAGCGAUUUAACGAUGAACAAAGAACCACCAGUAAGUCAACAACAGUCGAGAUUGACUCAAUGGAAAUUGCCGUCGAUCGACAAAGACGGCGACUUGGUAUCUAACGAAUUUUCUCGUGCACCUGGAACUACGAGCAAACCUCCCACAACACCUGGUGGUCUGUCUCAGUCGCAUAGCAGCCCAAACAUUAAUCCAUUGCUAGGCCAAAGCGAUGGCACAUGGUCUUCUCGUCUUGGCGACAGCGGCUGGCCUGAUCCGAGUAACAGCGACUCAACCGAUGGAAAGGAUUGGCAACCAGGUGGUGCUGCGUAUACAGAUCUUGUGCCAGAAUUUGAACCAGGAAAACCAUGGAAGGGUACUCAGAUAAAAAGUAUCGAGGAUGAUCCUAGCAUCACUCCCGGUUCUGUUGUACGUUCCCCGUUGUCUCUGGCGACUAUCAAGGAUCCCGAUACUAUCUUCUCAUCGAGCAGCAAAACGUCUCCACCACCGCAAACAGCUAAUCCCGAUACAUCGAUUCCUAGUUUAAGUAACUCGACGUGGACAUUUAAUCCACCGGUUACUACACCUAGUGCGUUUACAAGCACUUCCAAGAAUACGUGGGGAGAGUCCGCUCCGCCACCAACUGCCGUGACCUCAGAACUGUGGGGUGCACCGAUAAAUAAAGCGCGCGGUCCACCCCCCGGCUUGAGUACUAAAGGAGCUACUAAUACAAGCAAUGGCUGGGGAGCCGGCUUAGGAAGUGUCAGUAGAUCCUCUAGCUCAUGGGGUCUCCAGUCGUCCACAGUCAGCAACUCCGCUUGGACGUCCACUUGGCUUUUACUGAAGAAUCUUACUCCACAAAUCGAUGGCUCUACUUUAAAGACUCUAUGUAUGCAGCAUGGACCCGUUCAGGACUUCCGUCUCUAUCAGAAUCACGGAAUCGCAUUGACGAAAUAUUCCUCUCGUGACGAAGCAAUGAAGGCACAAGGAGCCUUAAACAAUUGCGUCCUGGGUAACACAACGAUAUUUGCCGAAUCGCCUGCGGACAGCGAAGUUCACGCAAUUCUGCAGCAACUUGGCCACGGCGGACAGCAGCAGGCCGGCGGUUCCGGCGGGGCUGGUUGGGGCCUUAGACCAACUAACAAAGCUGGCCCGCCGACCGACACAUGGGGUGCCAGCUCUAGUCAGCUUUGGGGUGCUCCGCCUACCAGUAAUUCUCUGUGGAGUAACGCAGGUAUAGACAACAGCGACCAGCAACGAGCAACUCCUAGUUCUCUCAACUCGUACUUACCCGGAGAUCUUCUGGGAGGUGAGUCCAUGUAAAGAGAGACCAUCCGCCCGAAAUCUCAUCAGAUAAGUGAAAAACUUAUUGUAACACACAGUCCAAAGAUGCAGCUCGACAAAUUUCGUGAUGAGAGUAAAGGAUUAGUCCUUUUCCAAUCCUCUCCUUUUCUCCUCAAUGACUUCACGACUUAUUGAUCGAUGUCUCUGGACAAGGCGAGUAAUUCUCGUCGAAAAGAGGAAAAGGGAGAGGAAGGGAGAAUUGAAUGAAUGAAGGUUGCGAAAGAGAGAGAGAGAAAGAGAGGGAGAGAGAGAGAAGAAGACAAUGAGAUGGACAAGGUCUUCACGAAACGUCAAUUAUAAUAUUGCUAAGAAAUGCAAUUACUAUAACGAGUUACUUAAAAAAAAAAAAAAAAAAAAAAGAAAAAAAAAUUACUACCUUAUAUCCGCCUUUAAUAGAACAUGCGUAAGCAAACAAUCGCAGCGGCGUACAGCCAAAUUGUGCGGUAGAUAUCUAAUUUUACAUGACAAACUCAUAUAUAUACACACGUACACAUGCACACGCUCGUACUAACAAAAUAAAAGAAACAUUCGAAAGAAAAAAAAAAAAAAAAGAAAAGUACUUUCAAGUAUGUGAACGCGGUCGCGUCAUUAUUCCGAUAAGACUUGCGGUGUAUGAGAGAUCAAGCUACACAGAGACCAAUUACAACGGUCUCUUCGUCGACAUAUUGGUGCGUGUACUACAUUACACAAUCUGCCACGAUAUGUAAACGACGAAAAAAACAUUGGCGUUCUCGUCGUUCCAAGCCAAUCUAGUAGAAGCAUGUAAUUUCUAAUCUAAAAGAUGAUGCAGAGACGCGCAGAAGAAUGAAAAAAAAAAAACAAGAACUUAUUCGCUCUCUGCAGGUUUAUCAUAAUGGGGAGAGCGUUUUUUUCAAUGAAGAUUUAUCGGCCGAGGGUCUCUGAUCAGGUCCAAGAGUGUUCCAUUUUUGCUGGACAGUUCUGAAGACUGCAGCGAGUAUCAAAUGUAGACUGUAUCAAUCUAAUCAAAAGAAAGAAACCUUAUAAAAAGAAAUACGCAUUCGACGUCGCUGCCUAGUGUUCUGCCCCCCGCCCCCAUCGCACUCUUCGAAGAAAACCCCCUGAUCCCACGAACACGGAAGAAACGAAGAAUGCAGGGAUUAUCAGAUCAACUGGGCAACGACGCAACGAUACCAAAUGUUAUCGCAAUAACGUAAAUUUUAUUCUAUAUUAAAUCUAGAUGCCACCUGUCGUGCCAAUGUCCAGUGUGUCUCUUUACCAGUUAUUAACGUAGAGUUUAAAAUAAAGAAAACAAGCAAGGUAAACGAAAGGAAGAGACAGAAAUGAUGAAACGGCGAGAUGAUAUUUAGGAACCAAGUAUGUACUUGAGGAAGACCGAGAGAUUAAAGAAGUGCUUAACGAAUUGAAGCUAAACAAAAUAAAAAAAAAAAAAAAAAGCGACUGAAAAAAAUCAGGUUUACAGUAAAGUAAACAUUUGAAGAAGAGAGUAACGAACACUACGUAUCGUAUAUUGGUACGUGGCAAUAUUACGCUUCUCGUUGGCGAUCCUCGAGUUUUCGAAGAAAUCGCAAAUGAUCCGCGUAAGAUCGCAAGACGGUAGUAACAGCGAUGUUACGAAUGGAUGGCAUUUAUUACGGGCGCAUAUAAACUGUCGAGCAAAGCUCGGUGUAGGGCGAAUUUAAAAUUAGUUUUUCUCUUCAACGUCAAAGGUACCUGAACCUGAACGGACUGUCAAAACGACGAACAAGCGAACGUUAUUUAAAAAACAAAACAAAAAAAAACAAAAAAAAAACAAAAAAAAAAGACACUCAUGCACAACAAUUUCCUUUUACUUUCCGUUUUCUCCGUGUCAAGUGGAGAGUUUCGGAAGACGUUUCGCGUUUCGAUUUACUGGCGCAAUCGCGAACGACGAUGGAAGAGAGACGGCUUUUUUUCCUUCGCGAACUGAGACAGUUAGAAAAGAGAGACAGCAAGAGAAAUAUAUAAAUAUAUAUAUUACGUAUAUGAAAAAAAAACCGGAAGGCAGAAAAGGAACAAUCACAUCAGAUGAUGUUUUAGUGAGACACGCGCGCAAUAAAAGUGAACAACUUACAAUACACACAUACACACAUACAUGCUGAUCCUAUAACGUUUGCGGCGCCAUGCAUGAAAUUGUAAAUCUGCAUGCUUGCAAAUGUCAAUCACGCCAAGCUAAGGAAACGUACAUUAGUAGCAUUGGUCGACAAUGAUUCCGCCGCUUCCACACGAUCGGUCGAUUCUCGCGGAUAUGCCGGACCAUUUGUAAAAAAAAAAAAACCUUUUGACGUAAAAAAUCAAAAGAAGCAUUGAAAAUUUUUUUAUGUCGUUUGCCUUCCAAGAGAGAGACACACACAUCAUCAAAAAAAGAGCAAUGUUUCUCGUAUACUAAUAAUGUAAUAUAUAAAAAUAACCGGUGUGCAUCGGCUUAACGUAGACGCGCGAUUACAAAAAAAAAAAACAAAAAAAAAUCCGCGCGGUUCCGCCGAUCACGUCGCCUCGACUCUGUCGACCAGUGUACUAAAAAACAUUAAUGUCUAAUUUUAAUAUUUUCGUAAGACCGUGGAUUCGAUUUAAGAUAUUCAUAAUGAUUGUCUAGCAUAGAGAUAGAGUUCGAGGAGAAAAGCGGUAAAGAAAGCACGACGAUACGAUAGACGAUACGAUUGACGACCAUAUGAGCCCCCAGUUAAUAAUAUAAACAAAAGCAAAAAA